CCUCAGGGCCCUUUUUAGAAGAAAUAAAAAAAAAUUUACAGAUUUUUUUUUUCUAUUCUUUUCUCUCUCUUUCUCUCUCUUUCUCUCUCUACUGUCUGUAAUGGCCACCUCUUCUAGAAAAUCUAAUGGUUACGCUCUAAGGUCAAGCUUUCAACGCUCGCUCUCGCCGUCGGGCCGCUUCUGUACUCCGGCAACCGAGAAAGAUGUUUCCUCGUUCGCUUCGUAUACCAGCUCGAGCUUUUGCUCGUCACCGUCUACUGGUUUCUUCAACCGAUCGGCGUCCCCGACGCGUGUGAAGCUUCACGGCUUCGCAGCGUCAACACCGACGCCGUCCGUACGGUUCUCCAUCGACCGAUCUAUCUCUCCGCAUCGCUCGGUUGCGGUUUCUCGCCGAGAUCAGGUGGUUCGCAAGCAGGGCGUUGGAAAUCCGCUGGUGAAUCUCCCGAAGAAGACGUGCCUCUGCUCGCCGACGUCGCAUCCAGGUUCGUUUCGAUGUAGUUUGCACAAGAACGUGAACACUAGGCCGUCGAUUUCGUACUCGCCUAACCGGCUCAACGCUCGGAGAUCGGCGAUGACUAACUCGCUGGUGCGGAUCGGGACUGUCGAAGGCGAUUUGGUGAAGCGUGCGUUGGCGGCCUUGAUUCGUCCUUCGUCUCAUCAGCAACGUCGCCGCGGCGAUUUCCAUCCUAGGCCUAGCCGCCUCUCGAGGAUGUCGAAAGCCGAGGAGGACCUGUGAGUCCUGCUAUAGGUUUGUAUUGAUUAUAGUGUUUGGAUUUCAACUUUUCUCUAGAGGUAUUACGGCGGUGGCGUCAGAUUCCGGCUGCGGUUUUUAGUACUCCGGUGAAUCAAAAGCCCUAGCUACACAGACAAUUUUGGUUUUUUACAGGGAAUAUCCCCCUUGUACAUAUGAAUUGCAGCAAAACUGAUAGCAACCGAAGGACAUGUUGGACUAUCUAACAUCCAUCUAAAUACUAAAAUGAAUUCCCCCAAUUGAUUUCAAUAUAAAAUUGUAAUACUCGGAAUUGAAAUUCAUUGAGAAAUGCGUGAAGGAUUUGAUUUGUGGAUUGAA